AUGCGUGUCGCCAACAGCAUUGCUGUCGCCGUCAGCUUGAUCGGCGCAGCAUCUGCAGCUCUGUAUCCUCGCGACUACGCAACCCGCGACUAUUUUGCCCUCCAUCUUGAUGAGACCGCCCCUCCGUCCACCGUCGCCCAAGCACUUGGCGCUCGCCAUGAAGGCCAGAUCGGGGAGCUUACGGGCCAUCACACAUUCUCCCUACCACGAGAGCAGAGUGCCGACGCUGAUGCGGUGCUCGUCAGUUUGAAACAAGCCAGGAAACUUCGCCGCCGGUCGGGGGAAGGGGCUGGGCCCCGAAGCGGGGAUCCGUUGGAGGGUAUACUGUGGUCACAGAAGCUUGAUCCGCCGAGACAAAAGCUGUUCAAGAGGGCGCCACCAGCGCCUCAAAAAGGGCCUGCAAAGCAAUUUGCCCGUGCCAAGGCGGACGUGAAAAAGCUGGCGGAGCAGAACAAGCUCAUGGAGGCGUUGCAAAUUACAGAUCCAACCUUUAAGGAUCAAUGGCAUCUGUUCAACGCCGCCCAACCGGGACAUGAUCUCAACCUCACCGGGGUGUGGCUUGAAGGAAUCACAGGCCAGGGCGUGGUCACGGCUAUGGUGGACGAUGGCUUGGACAUGUACAGCAACGACCUGAAGCCAAACUAUUUCGCCAAGGGCUCGUGGGAUUACAAUGACAACGGCCCUGAACCAAGGCCGCGUUUGUCAGAUGAUAAGCAUGGCACACGGUGCUCAGGUGAAAUCGCAGCCGCAAGGAAUGAUGUUUGCGGGCUGGGUGUUGCCUACGACAGCAAGAUAUCAGGCAUCCGAAUCUUGUCUAAACCAAUCGAUGACUCGGACGAAGCGGCGGCUAUCAAUCAUGCAUUCCAGGACAACCAUAUAUAUUCCUGCUCCUGGGGCCCUCCCGAUAACGGCCAGACUAUGGAGGCGCCGGGCCUCCUUAUCAAGCGGGCCAUGGUCCACGGUGUGCAACAGGGACGAGGUGGAAAGGGAUCGGUAUUUGUGUUUGCUGCGGGUAAUGGUGCCAUCUAUGGCGACAACUGCAAUUUCGAUGGCUACACCAACAGUAUCUACAGUGUCACCGUGGGAGCUAUCGAUCGUGAGGGCAAACACCCAAGUUAUUCCGAGUCCUGCUCCGCGCAGCUAGUGGUCGCAUACAGUAGCGGCUCUGGAGACAGCAUUCACACAACCGAUGUGGGUGUGGACAAUUGCUUCAACUACCACGGUGGCACAUCGGCGGCUGCCCCACUGGCUGCCGGUACGAUUGCACUUGCACUCAGCAUCCGCCCGGAACUUACCUGGCGUGACGUUCAAUAUCUGAUGGUCGAGUCGGCUGUGCCAGUGAACGAGGAUGACGGAAGCUGGGUCGAUCUGCCGUCGGGGAAGAAAUUCAGUCACGACUGGGGUUUCGGCAAGAUCGAUGCGUACUCAUUGGUUCAAAAUGCCAAGCAGUGGGAGUUGGUCAAGCCCCAAGCCUGGUUCAAUUCUCCGUGGCUACGUGUCCACCAUGAGAUUCCUCAAGGGGCUCAGGGCCUUCUCAGCCGUUACACUGUCACAGAAGAUCACUUGAAGGGAGCCAAUUUCGCCAACCUCGAGCAUGUGACAGUGACGAUGAACAUCAAUCACACAAGACGCGGCGAUCUUAGUGUUGAGCUGCGGAGUCCAAAGGGAAUUGUCAGUCACCUCAGCGUCACCCGGGAAAGUGAUGAAGAACCGCAAGGAUAUGUUGACUGGACUUUUAUGUCCGUCGCGCACUGGGGUGAAUCACCCGUAGGAGAAUGGACCGUGAUCGUGAAAGACACCAACGUCAAUGAGCACACGGGCCAGUUCAUCGAUUGGAGAUUCAAUCUAUGGGGUGAGGCUAUAGAUGGCGCCACUCAACCACUCCAUCCCUUGCCGGAGGAGACCGACGAUGACCAUCCAUACGAGGAGGCCGACGUCGCAACUACUACUGUCAACACUGCUCCAACAAAGACCGACCUACCUUCGAAUCCCGACCACCAACCAGAUCGCCCGGUCAAGCCGAAACCCGCGGAGUCAUCUACAACCACACUUCCCGUCGAGCAACAGUCGCCUACGGCGACCAGCAAAGCCACAGCUUCGGCCACACCGACGUCGACCUCCGACCACCUUUCUACGUACUUGCCUUCAUUUGGAGCCUCCAAGCGCACGCAGAUCUGGAUAUACGCCUCUCUAGCUAUGAUCAUUAUCUUCUUCAUUGGAUUGGGUGUAUACUUCCAGCUUCAGCGCAUGAAACGUCGUCGCACCAACAUGAAUGAUGACUACGAGUUUGAAAUGAUCGAAGAUGAAGAUGAGAUGCAUCCGAUGGCCGCCAGUGGUGGCCGGAGUCAGCGCAGAGGGGGAGAGCUCUACAAUGCCUUUGCGGGUGAGAGCGACGAAGAAAUAUUUAGCGAUGACGAUGAGGGACCAUAUCGUGAUCACUUGAAUCAGCCGGCUGGGCAUGACCGACCUAGUUCACCCCAAGAUCGCUUGCUGUCCGAGAAACGAUGA